AUGGGAGCCGUCUAUUCAAAUGCAUUCGAAGUUGCCGUUUGGCUAGGAGAGUAUACCGAGGAAACUCGUCGAGCCAUUGAGUUCAUCCCCUGUCUCUUUCAGUCUGUAAGCGAACCGGGGUGGGUCGACCGUCGUACCGGAUUCUGGAAGAAAAUGCAGGACACGGAUUUCAGAAAUGGUCUCUGCCACUUGACCUCUUUCCUCACCCUGCCGUGGUGGACCCGAACCUGGAUCAUCCAGGAGGUUUCACUAGCCAAGAAUCAUCCGAACAUCUAUCACGGGGCGGGCAAAUUGUCAUGGCCUGUUCUCCAACGCCUGAUUGACUGCAUCAGUCCGGCGGAGUUUCAUCAAAUGAGAUACCAAAGAGAUCGAAAUCCCGAAAAAGGCUUCUCUGAGAAAACGUUGACCCUCUUCCAGCGAGCGGCGGAGUCAAAUGCCAUGACUCUUACCUAUUUGCACACAGGCAAGAAAACCGGAUAUUCACUGUCUUUGUUAGAGGCACUGGAGCUUUCUGAGAAAUUUUUAGCUACCGAUCCACGAGACAAAGUGUUUGGUCUCCUUCGCCUCUUCGAUUCACCAUCACCCUUACAAGUCACCUACAGCUUGGAUUAUGCUAUUGUCAAUACAACCUGUAUCGCACAAGUCCUGAAGGAAUGUCGUAAUCUGAAGUGCUUAGGGUGGGUUACAGGGCAUAAGUCGAGAGACGACACAGCAAGCCGAAAGCUGCCUUCGUGGGUUAGAGACUUGACGCUGAAUGUACGCGACUUAGUCUUGACCCGUGUUGCAUAUAGAUUGCAACGAGGGGUGCUACGACCCUUUUACCACGCUGGUGGUCAUGAGCCUCUAACAUUGGGUUUGACCUUGCGAUUCUCUGAGAAUAACAAAGCUCUGAUAUUGCGAGGCAUUCUCAUGGAUGGGAUUUCAGCGAUCGGAGCUUCUGCUCCCAGCCGGGAAGAGGUAUUCCAACACGAAAAGUCUCUUAGAUCGGUCCUCAAGGACUGGAAAACUUUGGCCAAUGACUAUUGCCCGAGAGAUUUCUGGCGCACAAUUGUUAUGGAGCUUGACAAAAUUGAUAUUGAGAAUCAGAAGAUGGCAAGUAGAGGAUUUGCUCGUAGGAUAUCGGGUAGUGGACUGUGCAUUCCUCCAAGAAAUGAAGACGAAGAAACCUUUCUAAUUGAGAUAUUGGACAAAGAAAGGGGUGGUAUCUUCUCCCGCCGACUAAUGAUUACUUCAGAAGGUAGGCUCGGUAUUGCCCCCCAUGUAGCAAAGGUCGGAGAUCGAAUUUGUGUUUUCACGGGAGGACAGUUGCCGUGCAUCAUUCGUCCAGCCAAUAACGGCUAUUGGCAAUUCAUUGGAGAAAGGUCCGGCAUCAUUCUGUACUUGUCUGGUCACUACUAA